AUGGAAAGCUUAGUCCUUGCCGAAUUCACUUGGUUCCCUUCCGUUUGUUUCAGUUGGUCUUGGAUCCGCCGGGUUUCGCCUAUAUUACCGGCGGCUGAGCUGAUUUUCAGGGAUUGGUACAAUUUAGAGAAAUCCAAGCGGGUUAAGCCAUUUCGGUGUGGCGAUUUUGAUGACUGCAUUGAGAGGGUAGAAUCUUCGCAAGGGCUGACAAUAAGGAAGCGAGAGAAGUAUGCUCGUAGAGAAGAUGCGAUUCUCCAUGCUCUUGAACUUGAAAAGGAAAUACUGAAAAAGGAUGGGAAACUUGCCCUUGAAAAGCCUAGAGAUAACUCUCCUGAUGCAGCCAAGGACAGAAUGGUUAUAUACAAGGCCCAGGAUAUCUCUAAUGGGAUACGAGAAUCUACUGAUAGUCGUGGGCGUAACCAUGUUGCUGAUGUUAUGCAUUUGCAAAAAGAUAAAGAGGAAGAUCAGCCAAGUUGUGAGGACGAGGCUGUGCCUCGAAUGAGAGGCUUGCAGGACUUUGGGCUAAGAACCACCACUUCGAAGCGAAAGUUUUCAUGUUCCAAUGGUCCUGAUACUUCCUUAAAGUCUCUUGCCAGAAGCAACUCGUCAGCUUCUUCUAGUGGUGAUCAUAGCUUGGAGAGGCCCAGUUAUACCCUCGGAAAGGAGAAGAUUAGGAGUAUGAUGGAGGCUAAAAGGACGAAAUAUAUGUUUGCACCAAAUGAAUCUAAUGAUGUUUUAGACCUGCAUGAGAGUUUGCUAAGCCACAGGGAUGCAAUGCAUUCCUCCUUUGCUGGUGGCGAUUCUCGUUAUUCGCUUUCUGAAUAUGACCCUCCUGAUUUUUUGGAAGAUAUUGAAUCUGAUUCUUCUGAAUCUGAAACUGAUUCUUCUGAUAUAGAGGAGGAUACUGAUGAUGACAUUCCCUUGCUAUCAGGAGCUGGGCGUCAUUCAGAGCGACAUAAUACAUUUAGUAGGCAUAUGUCAGCAGAAGAUGAAAGCACCAGCAGUGAGGAAGAUCAUUAUGAGUCAUCCAUUUCUGGCGACUCUUCUUACCUUUAUUCUCACAAUCCGGAUAAUGAAGCUGGAACGGUUUCCAAGUGGCAGCUCAAGGGAAAAAGAAACAUGCGUAAUCUUCCAAGAAGGUCUGCACGUAAGAAAGACUUGCAUCGUAAUCGUCUGGAAGAUGGCAGAUACUGUGAAUAUAAGAGAAGAGCAUUUGGCCAGAAGCCUAUGGGUUAUGGAUUGGAUUUUAAUGGGACAAAUGAUAUGAGUGAUGGAACUGAUGACACUGAUCCCAACGACAGGCAGUUCGGGGACAGAAUGAUUGGACCAGGUGAUGAUGAUUAUCAGCUCUCAACUAUGGCUGCAUCUCGAUGUAAGAACAUCUACAGCCAUGACAUGCUGGACUGGGAUGAUGAUCCUUGGGAAAGCCAGAUUGGUAUGAAGAAGCAAUGGGAGGAAAAAAUUGAAGGUUUAGGUCAGGAGUUUGAUGCUUCUCAUCGACAUUUUGGCAGAAAACCGUAUUCUCCAUUGAUGGAUGUGAAUUUAGAAGUGCGAGGAAGCUAUCAGAAAGGGCCUGUCCCAAUCGUCUCCCUUAUGAGUAAGCUCAAUGGCAGAGCAAUAAUUGGACAUCCAGUCGAAAUUGAAGUCUUAGCAGAUGGUUCCUCCGAGUCAUAUAUGCAGACAACUGAUUACUUUGGUAAUGAAACAACAUACCAUGACAAACCCUUUCUACUUCCCCCUGCUUGGAAGACUGCUAGAAGAAGUAAUUCACGGGUUCCACGGCUGCAUCCAUUAUCAUCAUCACUCGAAGCCGAUGCUGAGGAUCACUCUCCGGCAGAUCAGGGACGAAAACCGCUGUUGAAGAGACCUGGUUUGGGAAAUGUUAGUAAUGAUGAUAACUUGGUGAGGAGAAGCAAUCUAAUGCGUAUUCCACGGCCACCUGGAGAGAGAAAGCAGCAGCAAAAGAAGUUGCUGAAGAGCACAAACGCAACCCCUAGUCAAAAGACAAGGGCACUCUCGUCAUUCAGCAGCGAACAAGCACACAACGGGAUGAAGGCGUUUCGGGACCGGACUCACGAGCUCUCUAACAGACGGGUAUUACCGGGACCACCAACCGUGGCCUGCAUACCGGUCAAACUAGUAUUUAGCAGAUUACUGGAGAAGAUAAAUAGACCGCCAUCAAAGCCAAUUGCGAAAGCCAUUCACGAGAGGAGAAGAGAUCAUUAA